UUUGUGCUUUGCACCAUGAAUGUUCUUAUCUGUUGUUUGAUUCAUUGCUUUUGAGUCAAUUAAAUUAAGAAACAUUGACUUUCCGCGCUGUCUCCUGCCCCGUUUCUUUGUUGCGUCUGAGCCGCGUAACAAAUGGGGGCUCGUUCCAAACUCGCAAUUCUGCCGUGAGACAGGUGUGUGUUACCUGCAGGCUGCAGCUGCGUUGCAUUAGGCUGCGUGCUACGUUGUUCGGCACAGGAAUGUCGGACAAUGAGAGAGGGUAAGUUCAGCGAUCUAUUUGCGGGGCCAUUAACUAUUCCUUUCGGGCUUGCGUAUUUUGUGGGACGUGUGGUUUUUUAUUUUUGAACAGAUCCUGUGGCUAGAGCAUUUGUCUCGGGGGCACUCCGAGGCAUUGGUGGAAUCGCCAGUUUUCUGGUUGUUUUGCGAUACCUCCGGGCUUGGUGCUUAAUUCAUCCCACCACGGGCCUGUUUGAAGAUCCGCGUUUAGUUGCAAUUUGGGUUAAAAUUGGAAUGGUUUUUUGCUUACGUUAUCGCUGGGCUUCACUGUUUAGUUUUCAUUGUUUGGUGGCGUGGAGAUUUGGCUGAUUCCGUUGAUCAGCAGGUGUGACGCGUUAAUCACUAAAAGGAUGACGUCACUUGUUGCAAAGUUUGUUGAGGAACCCUCCAGGGCUGUCUUCAAUGCAUUAACUAAGGAUCAGUUAAUGCAGUUGGCUGCCCAUUAUAACAUCGAACUUCCUUCCACUCGGCUUAAAAGUUACGUCAAACUUUCGGUGAAGUUGGCGUUGUGCGCGAAGGGUCUGAUUGACGCGCCCGACUUUAGACCCGAGUCUGACGAAGAGGAUAAGGAAGAACCUCUCGAUGAUUUAGUUGAGGACCUCGGAAACCCUUCGUUUGCAGACGAAGAGGAAGGUCUGUCUCGUAAACCUGCGGCAAUGCUGUCUUUUGAGCAGCAGAAAGAGUUGCUUCAGAUGCAGCUGGAUAACAGUAAAGUUUUGCAGCAGUUGCAGUUCGAAAGGCUCCGCUUCACUGAGGAGAAUGAACGCGCACGGAGGUCGUUGGAACACAAAAAGCUGGAGCUUGAGGCUCAGCGUUUGGAUCUCAUUCGGCAGGGGAAAAUAACGUCACCUGGUGCAGCAGGUCAUAAGCUCGAUAUAGCAACUAGUCUACACUUGCUUCCUCGCUUUAAUGAGAAAGACGUCGAUACAUUUUUUCUUCUGUUUGAGCGUGUGGCUGAUACACAGGACUGGCCUGGUUCACACCGUGCGCUUCUGCUCCAGAGCCGUCUCACAGGAAAGGCACAGCGGGCUUUCUCUGCCUUAACUGUGGAAGAGGCCCGUGAUUACGACCUGGUGAAAGCUUCGGUGUUGCGGGCAUAUGAAUUAAUUCCGGAGGCGUAUCGUCAACGCUUUAGGAAUAUGCGGCGACUUUCGGACCAGACGAACGUUGAGUUUGCAAGGGAGUUGCGUCUGCAAUGUCAGCGAUGGUGUGUUGCUUGUAAGGUUGAGUCUUAUGAGGAGUUGAUAGAUUUAAUUGUCCUCGAACAAUUCAAGAACACAUUGCCAGAGCGUGUUGCAACGUACGUUGCGGAGAAGCAGGCAACUAGUGAGUCUGUCGCUGCGGUGUUGGUAGAUGAGUACGAGUUGACUCACAAAGCUCAUGUGCGCUCAUCUAACGUCCGCAAGGUUGAUUUUUCUACCAAUAGAAGUGUGAACGUUGGUGCACAGUCACAUCAGGCUUCUGGAGUAGAUCGCUCAAGUAGAUCUGACGCGGAUCAGGGUUGCCGGUACUGUCAUGCAACUGGUCAUUCAAAGUGGACAUGUCCAGUGCUAAAAGUUAAAUCAAAAGAGCGUUUUUUUGAGGUGAAGCCGGACAUGUUGGCAGUAUCUCCUUCAGACUCGAGUGUUGAUUCGUUGCAGCCUACUGGAGUGAAUUCUAGUUACGCCCCGGUCGUUUCCAGUGGUUUUGUUUCUUUAAAAGACGGUGAUGAUUUGGUUCCAGUUAAAAUUCUCCGUGACACAGGAGCGUCAGAGUCGUUCAUUAUGGAGUCUGUUUUGCCAUUUUCUCCCACUUUAAGUUCUGGAAGGUCUCUUUUAGUUCGGGGAAUUGACCUCACUACUUUUGAAGUUCCAUUACAUAGAGUGAAGUUGUUUUCUGAGUUGGUUGAGGGGGAGCUUGAGUUGGGAAUUCGCCCUGCCCUCCCUGUUGAUGAUGUCCACGUGAUUCUUGGGAAUAAUUACGCGGGAGGAGCUGUUUGGCGGAGUAAUCCUGUGUCUGUAGUAUCUUCUUCUCCUCAGCUGAGAGCGGAGACUGCUGAUUCGGAGCAGUUCCCUGACGUGUUUGCAGCUUGUGCCGUGACCCGCUCAGCUACUCGUGCUGCGGCGGACGCCGUGCAGCUCAAGAGCCCAGAUGACAACGUUUUGGACAAAGUGGAAAACGCCUACCAGGAAAAGGGGUUUUAGUUGGAGAUGGGUUCGGGAAUUUAGUGGUUUUGUAAUUGUGGUGUCUUUUGAUACUCUGCAAGCUCCUUCUUAAGGGGGGGGGUGUUACGGCCACAUUGGCCUUUCGGUUGUCGUGGUAUGUGUGCUACGUGUUUUGUCUGCCUUUACUCUAAUAGGCCUGGACCCGCAUGUUCCAGGAUGGGGGUGUGCCCGCGUACGGGGUGUGUCCCCGUGUACGGGAUAAAAGGGGGCUGGCCUGGAGAGAGGGAGAGCGGGAGCGGGAGAUUUGAUUUGUGCUUUGCACCAUGAAUGUUCUUAUCUGUUGUUUGAUUCAUUGCUUUUGAGUCAAUUAAAUUAAGAAACAUUGACUUUC